AUGCCAACACCAGAGUCCGAGUCCUUCAAGGCCGCAAAGCCGAAAGUCCCACCAACAUUCGAUGGCGUAGAUUACGAUGACAACAAGGCCCUCAAAGCGGCGCAAGACUCCAUCAUACGUGAGCAGUGGGUGCAGAGCAUGAUGGCGCGGUUAAUCCGAGAGGAGAUGGGCAAGUGCUACUACCGGGAGGGAGUGAACCAUCUGGAGAAAUGCGGACAUUUGAGAGAGCGAUACUUGCAACAAUUGAAGCACGCCAAGAUCAAGGGUUACUUGUUCGAGCAGCAGAACUACAUAUCGAAGUCGGAAUGAGGAAGCGAAUUCGCCAGGGAUGCGUUACGAGAGAAGGAACAGCCAGAGGAACCAGUUUAAAGAGUCGCCCCAAGGUGUCCGCCACCACCUCGCGCCGACCUGUCUGGGCAUAGAACUACUGUACAGAUACUCGAUUUUUGCGUUACUACUCACACGUUUCGAGCCCUCGAUCAGCCUCGUAAACAUGGAUGCAGAUAAAUAGUUGUAUGCGCCCAUGAAUUCGCGUCG